AUGAAAAAGGUAUGGACGUCAGCCAUCAGUACAAAGCUCAAAAGAUCGUUCUUCAUCUCCACGAUUGAGUCCGUCCUACUCUAUGGUGCAGAGACGUGGACCCUCACAACCAAGGAGGAGAAGUCUCUGGAUGGAUGCUACACUCGCAUGCUACGUAUAGCCCUCAACGUAUCGUGGCAGGAUCGUAUGAGGAAUGAUGACCUCUACAACGGCAUGCAGAGAGUGACUCACAAGAUCAGACAGCGUCGUCUUAAUCUUGCUGGCCACUGCGUCCGCCACCCUGAGCUUGCUGCCCACCCAACCAUACUGUGGGAGCCCACCCAGGGCACUGCCUCAAGAGGGAGAAGAAGUCUGACCUUUGUGGACCAGCUCAAGAGGGACACUGAUCUCACAUCUGCAGGGGAGCUGCGCACCUGCAUGACAGAUCGAGACAGCUGGAGGAAGAGGACUCAGGGACUGGCUCGUGAUGUCGUCACAACCCAGGCGACCCCGACAUGA